AGAACGGUGUACUGACUGCAAAACAGAAAUCUACUGCAACACACCAGGUCAAAUGCAGGCCCUUUAAAUGCGCGGCGCAGCGCGCCGGGGGCGGGCCUGCGCCGGGGUGAAGUGGUAACGCGGCCGGUUGCUGUGGGACAUGGCGGGCCGGCCCGUUCUGGCAGAAGCGGACGCGCAGUUCCAGCAACAGAACUUCAGCACGGCCGAGGAAUGUUACACUGAGUUCAUUCACAUGUGUACGGAGGGGCGGCAGAAACACAAAUGUUGUGCUCAGGACUUGGCUAAUGCAUACAACAACAGAGGCCAAAUCAAGUACUUAAGAGUAGACUUUCACGAAGCUAUGGAUGAUUACACAUUAGCAAUUGAAAACAAGGAAGAUUUUGAAGUUCCGUAUUAUAAUCGAGGACUAAUAAAAUAUAGAUUAGGAUUUUUUGACCAGGCAUUGGAAGACUUCAAGAAAGCAUUGGCCUUGAAUCCAGAUUUUAAAGAUGCCAGACUGAGCCUUGAUCAGACACUAAUAGAUAAAAAAGAGAAAGAGAGCAGAGAAUAUUAGAGACAUGGCAGUUGGGCUACAAACAUUAGUUUUGUGUGCGCAUUAUUUGGAAAUACAUUUUUGACCUUGCUUACUAAAAUUAUCUUUAGAAUGCGUUGAUUGUUGAAGGUCGAAUUGCUCAAGAGAUUGUGCAUCUGCUGUGAAAUUUGAUACAAUAAAAAAUAAUUUAAUGUG